GUGCGCCAGUGUGUAACGCUAAAGACUGGAAGGAGGCAGCUGUUGCUAUUAUUUUAACCAGCCAGCGCAGAUCCUUCUCCGAGUUCUCCCCUCCCGUGGACAGGAAAAAGAUGACCCUGUCCACACCAUCAUAAACAUACGACAACUGAAGGAGAUUUUUUUUUUUUUUUUUUAAAGUGAAAUCAAAUGGUACAGAAAAGUAGUAGUAUGUCCAGGACGCCUUCGACCCCAAACCAGGAGAUCCCAAUGGGCAUGAUCGACCACCAUCCGCACACGCAGGGAAAGUAUGCUAAGAGGAAGAGCCGGUUUAAGCGCUCAGAUGGGAGCACCUCUUCUGACACCACCUCGAACAGCUUUGUCCGCCAGGGCUCUGCAGACUCCUACACCAGCCGGCCGUCGGACUCAGACGUGUCCUUGGAGGAGGACCCCGAGGCUCUGAGGAAAGAGGCUGACAGACAGGCUCUUGCCACACUUGAAAAAGCAAAGACCAAACCAGUGGCAUUUGCUGUGCGCACCAAUGUUGGUUAUAACCCAGGUCCCAAUGAUGAUGUUCCUGUGCAGGGCAUGGCCAUUUCCUUCGAAGCCAAAGACUUCUUGCACAUUAAAGAGAAGUACAACAACGACUGGUGGAUCGGGCGCCUGGUGAAGGAGGGCUGUGAGGUGGGCUUCAUUCCCAGCCCGGUCAAACUGGAGAACACCCGCCUGCUGCAGGAGCAGCGGAUGAGACAAAAUCGGCUCAGCUCCAGUAAAUCUGGAGGAAGUUCAAGUCUGGAUGUUGCCACUGGAACUCGCAGGCCAACCCCUCCAGGAACAGCUCCCGUGGACACGUCCACAGCAGCCUUUGACGUUGACCCUCUCGACCUGGAUGCCGAGGAGACCCCUGAGUCGCAGGGUGACCCUCGCUCCCCCAAGGGCAUGUCAGGCAGCGUAACUUCCCCCCAAGCGAACGCCCACCGACUGCCCUUCUUUAAGAAGAUGGAGCACGUUCCUCCAUACGACGUGGUUCCCUCCAUGAGACCCAUCAUCCUUGUUGGACCUUCACUAAAAGGUUAUGAGGUCACAGAUAUGAUGCAGAAAGCGCUCUUUGACUUUCUGAAACACAAGUUUGAGGGAAGGAUAUCCAUCACACGUGUGACAGCAGACAUCUCUCUGGCCAAACGUUCAGUCCUCAACAAUCCCAGCAAACACACCAUCAUCGAACGCUCCAGUACCCGCUCCAGCUUGGACGUACUGGCUGAGGUGCAGAGUGAGAUUGAACGUAUCUUUGAGCUGGCCCGCACCCUCCAGCUUGUUGCUUUGGAUGCAGACACCAUCAACCAUCCCUCUCAGCUGGCCAAGACAUCACUGGCUCCCAUUAUUGUUUAUAUUAAAAUAGCCUCACCCAAGGUUCUCCAGAGGCUCAUUAAAUCCAGAGGGAAAUCCCAGGCCAAACAUCUGAAUGUGCAGAUGGUUGCUGCUGACAAGCUGGCUCAAUGUCCACCUGAGUUGUUUGACAUCAUCCUGGAUGAGAACCAGCUGGAGGAUGCAUGUGAACACCUUGCAGACUACCUGGAGGCCUACUGGAAAGCGACACACCCGCCGAGCAGCAACCCUCCCAACCCUCUUCUAAACCGCACCAUGGCCACAGCUGCCCUGGCUGCCUCCCCUGAGCCCGUCUCCAACCUGCAGGGUCCAUACCUGGUUCAUGGUGAACAGAAGCGUGAAGGGGGUCUUACAGAGUGCGGUGGGAGCAGCACUCUGCACGACUAUGAGAGAGACCUGGGUGGAAAGCCUCAGCAGCAACACCAGCAGCAGGCUUACCUGCGCUCGUCUCGCGGCCAGCUACGAGGGGGUAGCGGGAGAGGCCUGUCCCGUCAAGACACCUUCGACUCUGAGACCCAGGGCAGCCGAGACUCAGCCUACACUGAGGCCGGUGACUCCUGUAUGGACAUUGAGACUGACCCUUACGAAGAGCCCGACCCAUACAGAGGUGGUGGAGGCAUCCGUCUUCACCUGGCGCAGCAUCACGGCCGACAGGCCUCCUGGGAAGAUGAAGGUGCAGAACCGGACCAGGAAAACCUCAACCACCCUUCGAUGCCUAGCCAGACGCAGCCGCAUGGACGGGCCAAGCUGAGGGAGCGCUACUGCCAGGACCCCGUGGACACAGGAUCCAACAUGAGCCGCAACAAGAACCAGGACGACUGGGGAAAGGAUGUUUACAUCCGCUGAAUGCUCACCACAGAGACUUGGAAGAUACAGACUGAGGACAUAGGGAGGGGAAAGGAUUCUGGUUGUAAAGACACUGAAGUGUGGGUUUGGGGCCACACCUGUCAGGCUUACAAAAAUGUGUUUACAUCCCAGUAAAAUGUAAAGAUAUACGUCACCUGCCAGAUGCCAUUCUCAUCAAGUUCUUGCAAAUCCACUGAUUUAUGUUUAGAAGAAAAAAUAUAGUUCUGUUUUUCUUUUUUUGUUUCUUUUGUCAAUACUGCAUGAAUAUUAUGGGUUUCUAUACUGACAGCACAAGUGAUCUGUCUGACCCAAUCUCUCCUUCAGUUGUAGAAUGUGAAGGCUGGUAGGACUGUGGUCUGUCAUGUCUGUCCUCUGCAGUCUUAAAAAGGGUCUACUGUCUCUGUCCCCACAUAUGUAUAUUGUCAGGGUUUCUCUUUACAUUUUUCUCACUCACAGCUUUUCACUUCCAGGAUUUCCUCCCAUACCGGGAUCCAGAAGUUGUGAGACUCUCACCGCCUCUCUAUUAUCACCCAGACCUUAAAAAGCUGGUAGAGGAGUCGCCAUAUUUUAACAAAUUUAUAUUCAUUGCUACACUCAUGACAGCUAGAUCACAACAAAGAUGUGUAUUUCUUCCCUGAGCUAGUUGAGCUUUCAGUGUUCACCUGCAGUGCAGCUUCACAGCAGCACUCAGAGCAACAACACUUAUAGUUGUGAGAAUGAAGUGUCCUGCCUUAGUCGCUCACACCCCAAAACACCUUUAUUUCAAGAAACCUACAAUCACAAGUGCCGGAAUGUCUUGCCAAGCCAUGUCCACCAACGGGUGGGAUGUCUUAACUCUUGUUACACUCGUUUUCAUACAGUGUUCUUGUCUCUGUGUUUGUCUCUCUUGGCUACUCUGCAGCAUAGCCCUGCUGCUGCUCCAGCAUGUCAUUCAUCUCGUUUAGUUUGCACCAGCCUAACCGAUUGCAUUUCAGGGCUAACGUUCAUAUAAAAAGUGUUUGUGUGUGAGGUUAAUCACUUCCAGCUUCCACUUGAAUUGCAAGCUUGUCUGACAUUAAAAACCAUUCUCUUCUUACUCCUGAUUUCUGUCUCAAUUAGUGAUUAUCCCCCUGUGAACAUUUGCAGUUUUUUUUUAAUCUUCAGUUUCUGUGAGGUAGUAGGAGGAGUUUCAUGUGGGGAGGGGGGAUAGGAUCAUCUUUGAUCUUUAGUAAGUUAUCUUUAAUGGAGAAUCCAUGAAUGUCUUCAGUGGGCUGCUUAAGCCCACCUCUGUGUUCGGUUGAAUAAAUAAAUAAAUAUUAAUGAUCAGUAAAUAAUGUUAUUGUUGCGUUAUCGCAAUUGUUAAAAUGAUAACAUGUAUCAUUGGUGCCUGACUGUAGCUACAUUUUGCUUUUUCUGCCUUUCAUUUUUAAUCUGUGGAUAAAUUCGUAUUUUAAUUAAAAAUUUAAUUUAAAAAUG